GUUGAAUCACACAGAGAUGGUUAUACGUAUUGAGGAGGUAGUUUGUUAUCGGUCGAGCUGUACUUCGCGCCAGGCGCAAAUGCAAUGGAGCACCCUGAUCAGACGUACGGGGAGGUGAAUCAGCUGGGAGGCGUUUUCGUUAACGGGAGACCACUUCCCAACGCGAUCAGACUGAGGAUCGUAGAGCUGGCUCAGCUGGGGAUCAGACCCUGCGACAUCAGUAGGCAACUCCGCGUCUCCCACGGGUGCGUGAGCAAAAUCCUAGCCCGUUACAAUGAAACGGGCUCGAUCUUACCCGGGGCUAUCGGGGGAAGCAAACCCAGGGUCACCACCCCGACCGUGGUGAAAUACAUCAGGGAAUACAAGCAAGGAGACCCGGGCAUCUUCGCUUGGGAGAUUCGAGACAGGCUCUUGGCCGAUGCGGUCUGUGACAAGUACAACGUCCCUUCCGUCAGUUCCAUUAGUAGGAUCCUGAGAAACAAAAUCGGCAACCUUUCACAUUCGGGCCAAUGCGAGACCAGCAAGCAGCUUCCUCCGCAACCGACGCUGUCUUACAAUCCCAUUUACCAGUACUCCUACCCCAACCACAUGUCAUCAGCCGCCGCAAAAAUGAGCAGUACUACGGGGGUCCCCGUGCCAGGGGUUACGGGACAUGUCGGGAUCCACAGAGCCUGGCCGAGCGCGCAUUCUGUCACCAACAUCCUCGGACUCCGAAGCCUUGUUGAACAGUCAGCUGCUCUUGGCGGAACUGAGGCUUCAGCGUAUCAAACAAAAGUGGAAGAUUGGAAUAAUGUCAAUAGAGCAACCUUCCCAUCAACUCAAAGUGUCAACGGGAUAGAGAAGCAGGCGAUCGAUCCGGAUCUGAAAUACUCCCAGCCGCCUUCCGCACUGCCUGCUGUGAGUAGUUUCGUCCCUCCUUGCGCAGUUGGGCCUUAUCCCUCGUCAAACCAGGUACCGAGCUAUGGAGUGUACGGGGGCCCUGGAGCGGGCUACAUGACUGGCCACCCCUGGCAGUCCCAGGGCAGUAGUCUGUCUCACUCUGGGCCAGGGAUUACUAUGCACGGCGGAGACAUUCACGCACCAAUGCCCUUCAAACACCUCUCGGCCAGAGAAGCAGAGUCGUCCUACAGGAACUUUGCAGCUAGAAAGGCAACCAUGUCUGAAGCUGAAGAGACUUGAAACACCAGCAUGCCAAAUAUUUAAUCUGCCAGCUUUUUCAACAGUCCUGUCCAGUUCAAAAGCAGCCAAUCAUGAAAUUAAUCAAGACAAUCAAGGGGAAAACAGCUCUACUUGUUUUCAAACCUUUCAAGUGUGCUGUAUUGUGUCAGAUGUUUUGCUUUGUAUCAGCUUCUUAGGAAGCCUUUACUUGAAAGCUGUAGUCACGUUUGGAGUUAAGUUUGCUUCAGUGUGUAAAAUUUUUGUGCUGGCAAUGUUCUUAGUGCAAUGAUUAUGUUUUAAACAUUUUUAACCACAUUUUACUGGAAACCAUGAGAGUGCACCUCGGUGUGGGCCUUCUGAAAGCUCUAGAAGUGAACAUAUAGUUGAUUGCUCAGCAUCUAAGUCCUUGUGAGAAUGCUUAAAAUCCAGCUUUAUUUCUCAGAUGUACAUCGAAACAUCCAGUAAAGUGCGUCAUUUGUGCUCGUGACCAACACAAUCUGAGAAUGUGCUGAAUGCAUCCAGCAAUGUCACCAUGUUUCUGGCACCAACAUAGCAUGUCCACAACUUAUUAAGUCUAAUCUGAAAGUCUUUGGAAUUUGGGAGGAAAUAGGAGCACCUGAAGGAAACCCAUGCGGUCACAGGGAGAACGAAGUCCUUACAGACAUCAGCAGGAUUUGAACCCGUGUCACUGGUGCUGUAAAGCGUAACACUAACCACUAUGCUACUGUGCUGCUCACUUCCUCUUUAGCUUGUUACCUAUAUCUAAAAAAGCCAAUCUUCUUCUACUGCUGGAGGCCAAUGAUAGGAAAAGGGUUACUAUGCAGCCUCAGAUUCAAUAUUAUAUUACAAUAGUGAACUCCUGUUCAUGGAGCAUCAAAGGCUGCCCGGGGAUCAUAAGAUUAACUGUGCCAAAAGGUAAAUAAAACAUUGACCAAGGUCCCCAUCAAUUGUUGCUCUUCUUUCAUUGUCUCUGAUCUGUGAAGGCCACUGUUUUGAUAUGGUUUAACUGGGUAUGGUUGGCAUGUUUCUAUCCAAAUCAGCAUCAGGUUUAAUUUCACUGGCACAUGUCAUAAAAUUUGUUGUUUUGCAGCAGCAGUGCGUUGCAAUACACAAUAAUGAAAUAAAGACGAUAACUUACAAUAAGAAAUAUAUAUAAUAAAAGAAAAUUAAAUUAAGUAAGUAGUGCAAAAAAGAGGAGAAAAUACUGAGGUAGUGUUCAUGGGUUCAUUGUCCAUCCAGAAAUUUAAUGGCUGAGGGGAAGAAGCUGUUCCUGCUGAACGUGUGUCUUCAGGCUCCCGGGUGAUGUGGAUUCUUAAUGAUGGAUGACGCUUUUUUUGAGCUAUUGCCUUUUGAGGGUGUCUUAGGUGCUUUUGAACAUGUCCUAGAUACUAGGGAGGCUAGUUCUCAUGAUGAAGCUGGCUGAGUUUGCAACUUUCUGCAGCUUUUUUUGACUCUCUGCAGUGGUCCUUCGAUACCAGACGGUGAUACAACCAGCUAGAAUGCCCUCCAUGGUAUAUCAGUGGCAAGUUGUGAGUAUCUUCGGUGACAUAGCAAUUCUUGAGAAACUCCUAAUGAAGUAUAGCCGCUGUCAUGCUUUCUUUGUGAUCUCAUCAAUAACUUGGGCUCAGGAAUUUAAAUUACUCACCCUUUCCACUUCUAAUUCCUCGAUGUGGUGGGAUCACUUCCCUUCUUGAAGUUCAAAAACAAUUUUUUGGUCUUACUGACACUGAGUACAAGUCGUUGCUGUGACAUCACUUAACCAGCUAAUCUGUCUCACUCCUGCAUGACUCCACAUCACCCUCUGAAAUUCUGCCAAACAAUAGUUGUGUCUUUGGCAAAUUUAUAGAUUGAGUUUGAGCUGUGCCUAGCUACAAUGGAUAUUAAUAGUUACGAUGCAAUUUUCAUGACUAUCCAAUAGUUUUAUAGUAAACUACUAUUGUUACAGACUGCUUUGAUCUGAACUAAAAUAUUUAAUGGCACAGGUUGAUUUUUUUUCAGAAAUCAUGGUAAGGUUAUAUUACUGGAUCCACAGCCCAGAUUUCCAGAUACAAAUUGGAUAACUCAACAAUUUUGCUGCCUUGACAUCAGUGAAAUUAAUUUCAGAAGCAGAGUGUAACAUGUUGACACAACUAUCUAGAUUGUGUUGUGCUGUCAAUUAAUGUUAAAUUUGCAAAGAUUUAUUAAACUGUUGAAUGCAGGAAUGGACCUUACGUAGCAAGCUGUUGUAGGUUCAGGUAAAAUGCAGCAGAUGGUGUAAACAUGUUUACUGAUUUUCUUCUCUUCUGCUUAGGCUAUCCCUAAGGAUUGCUGUUGACUCACUCUUUAUGUGGCUGGCUCUUUACUCUGAAUUUCCAGCACCUGCAGAGUCUUUUUUGUUUAUCUCUGCAACUCGUAUUCUCAGUGUUAUUUAGUUUUUAUUCACACAGUUUGUCUUCUUAAGCACUUUGGUUGUCUGUCUAUCUUUGUUUAUGUAUAGAAUUUCAUAAAUUCUGUAGUAUUUCUUUAUUUCUCUGUAAAUGCCUGCACCCAGGACAUGCUCUCUUCUUGCUGCUGCCAUCAGGAUGAAGGUAUAGGAGCCUCAGGACUAACAGCACCAGGUUCAGGAACAAUUACUCCCCCCCACCGCCCCCAAACCAUCAGGCUCUUGAA